AGGCGCGGUGGCGGAGGCUCGGGAGUGGGCGUGGCCUCCGCUGAGGGGGUCAGCUGACUGGGCUUGUUGUGGUGGAGGAGGCUCGACGGAGGCGGAGGAAGAAGCAGGACGAGGAUGCCUUCGGAGAAGAGCUUCAAGCAGCGGCGCAGCUUCGGUGGGGGAACCGCUAGGCCUUCCUCCGACCGAGGGAAAGGCUUCCUGAGGGGAACCAGGCCCAAAAGCAGCCAUGUUUGGCUUGGGAUGGCUUACAUUAUGAGGAAGAGAGGCCUAGAACAAAGAGUAGAAGAUGUCCGAAUUAUCCGGGAGCAGCAUCCUACGAAGAUACCAGUAAUCAUUGAAAGGUAUAAAGGAGAGAAGCAGCUUCCUGUUCUGGAUAAAACUAAAUUUCUGGUCCCAGAUCAUGUCAACAUGAGCGAACUGAUCAAGAUUAUCAGGCGCCGCCUGCAGCUGAACUCCAACCAGGCUUUCUUCCUACUGGUGAACGGACACAGCAUGGUGAGCGUCUCGACGCCCAUCUCGGAGGUGUACGAGAGUGAGAAGGACGAGGACGGCUUCCUGUACAUGGUGUAUGCCUCCCAGGAAACAUUCGGCAUGGAGUCCUCUGCGUAAGCCGUCCCCCUCCGGUGGCUUGUAGCCUAGGAUAGUUCUUACCCUUCCCUCCCUUCAACAGGAAAAGAAAAAAAGAAAGAAAGAAAGGGAUGUCACCAACCUGCUCUCACACUAGAUGUGCUUAGAGGGCAUCCUCAUCGUACUUUAUUGUUUUUGUUUGUGGAUAUUGAGCAGAUGAAUGCCACUAUGGACGAGUAGAUCCGCUUCGUAGGCCUGCUAUAUCCAUUCACACGGGCAUUUAAAGGCCUCCGGGAUUUGUCUUGAGACCCAUAACCAUGUGUGUUAAUUUGCCAAUAAAAGGGAUGUUCCUCUUACUGUAAUCAUAGGAACGGAAAUGUUUAGCAUCAACCAAACUCCCCUGCCUUCUGUUAAGUUCUGUUUCAGCUCCUCAAAGGGAACAAACACGAGUGGAAGACCCUAGUUGCUUUGAACUCCUUUUGUGUUUUGAUGAAAAGUGGUGCCGCGGGGUCUGGGGAGGGAGGACGUUAAUUCGCUCGUACCGCUGCAUUAGAAGAUUAGAAUAAAAAUCAGAUUGCUAAUUAUUAAUAUAUGUAUAUAUAUAUAAAACUCAAAACACGACAGCUUUACUUGUGUAAUUUAAAAACAAUUAACAGUUCUGUAAGAAAACCUUCCAGAUUAAGACGUGCUUUGUGAAAUCACAGCAAAAAGGCCUGGUUUUUAAUCCUACUGUUGGGACUGGAGAUGACAAUUGAAGAUUUUGAGAGUUUGGGGAUGACAAUUGGAAGUUUAUAUUAAAUUUUGAGAGAGCUGCGUUUGGAGAUGACAAUUGGAAGUUUAUAUUAAGUAUUAAUCUUUCUACCUUUGUUGAAAUAGAGGAAACAAUGUUUGCACUGCAUCCUGACUAAAAGACCUGUGAUUUUUGUUUCCUUCCAUGUGAGUUACAGGCUUAUUUAUUUUGUUUAGACCAGGCAACACCCGAUGACAAAAAAAGCAGAGAAUAGGUUCCUGUCCGUAGCAUGGGGUCUCGAAUUUAAUUUUACUCUAGACAGGGCACGCCCUAUGCAAAAGCAAUCUUUUAGGUAAACGUUCUGUUUUCCCACUGAAAUAUAGCAAACUUAUUAUCCUUGUAUGUUAAAUGUGCGUGCAUUAAAUUGCAUUUAAAGCAAGCUGACUUCCGCUUAGGGAAGGAGAGAGCCGUGCUAAACGUCGGCACACAGUAGGAUGUCACUCUGAUAUGUGUACCUUUGCAUGCAUCCAUUCUGUACCUGCUCGUCGACAUUCGCUGUAGGAUUUCGUUUUAAGUCUACUACUGUUCAACGUAGCAUUUUUUUUUCAUGAGACAGCCAUCCUUUUAAUUGAUCACUUGAGUGCUGCUUGUACAAAUGUUGCUUUUUUUACAAAAAUAUAUAUAUGCGGAUAUGGAUGAUUCCAUCCUGAAA